CUCUGUGCCUGUGUGCUGGAUCUGAGGGCAGAAUAGGGUUUUCUGGAUUUUGUAUGAGCUAAUUUCUUGCCAAGGUUGGAGCAAUUAAGUGUGCUGAGAUAUUAUUCCCUGUUCACCUGCCAGCCCAGAUGUCUGACGGUGCUACAGUGUUCCUCCGCUCAGCCCUGCUUUGCUGUCUGUGGGCUUGUUUAGUCUACGCACAUGCAGAGGAGUGGCGCUGGGAGUCCAGGUCUGUCAGAGAUGGGAACAAUACGACCAACUUUGACCCCGGGAGAGAUUCCCCGAAACCAGAGGUCCGAGAGGUCACGCUUAGCAGACCAGGCAGUGGUUUGAAGAUCAGUAAGGUGGAGACUCUGCCCCGUCGACAGAAAAGAACGGUGUAUACUGGUCCGGAUGUCGUCUGGCCCUUCGAUAUACCUUACGUGUACGAUCGCACAGCAGGAUUGGACGAGUUGGACAUCCAACGCGCCAUGAACCUGAUCGAGGACAGACUGUGUGUCAAGUUCCACGACGAGACUGACCGCUAUAACCCCCAUGACCCCCACUGGUUCACCAGAUACGGGAACUACAAAAAGGAUGUCUACAUGAAGCUGGAGAAAGGUGACGGAUGUAACGCCCCCAUCGGCAUAGGGGGCACAGAGCCAAAUUACAGAAGUGUCAAGGCGUGCCACGGAUGGGCUCUCAACUUACACGAGCUGUUUCAUGCUGUGGGUGCGGGCCACACUCAGAACUUUCCGAGGGCUAGGGAGUAUAUGACAGUCAACCCUGACAAUAUCUUACCAGACUACCUUGUGUGGUACACAAAAAACAAACCGGAGCCCAAUAAAAUGACCACGUUCUUUGACCCAACCUCUGUCAUGAUGUACGGUGAUAAUUCUUUUACGAUCAACGGCCUUGAGACGACUUUCCCUCUCCGAGACGAUUUCUUCGACCUGGUUGGACCCGACUCUGGAGAUCACGUCGUCUUCAUGGAGUUGGCUAAAACUUACAAGUGCAAUGAACGAUAUUGUGGCAACAACAAGACGGAUUGUGGGCGUGGUUAUUUCACGAUAAUCAAAGGAGUGUGUCGCUGUGUCUGUCCUGACGAACUGGACCCAGACACAAAUUGUACAACUCAUAUCAACGCAAGCAACAAGUACGUGGACUGGCCAAAGACUCCUUUCACACUUCUGACCGGCUCCCAGUGCCCUGCCGGAUUUCACGAAGGAAAUAUCCGACUCCGAGGCCUGGGUGGACAUAUACAGGCAGAGGUCGCCGACCCCUUUCCUCUGGAUGACCCCUACCUCACCCUGCGGACUUGCUCCAAGAUGACCCCUGAUGACCACGCGGACAUUCACUGGUUGAGCUGGCCUGUGGGUGGGCAGUACUGCUUUAUCAAGCCGAAGGACAUCCCUUGUGACGGAGUGUUCAAGAAAGGUUACUUUGUCCUGAACGGCGUGUAUCAGGUCUCAGGCAACGUUGGUGACGUGUCAAACCGGAGCAGUGACGUCACGAUUAACUUUUGCUGCACGAAAAAAGACCGGGUGGACAGAAGCAUAGAUCUCCCAAACGAUGCGCCCUUCAAAUUGCUAAGUGCUAAACAGUGCCCGGUUGUUAACGGCAUGCGAGGCACCCACGAAAACGACGGGCUCGUCAUUUACUUCACGAACCGACGUCCAGUGGUGAGGGGAGAGGCGCCACUUCACUACCUCUGGGACCAAGAGAUCCAUUUCUUCCAGUGUGACUACCUCCCUCCGGUUUACGGUUGCAACAAGAUUAUCAAACUGGACGGGAUCAACAGAGCAGAAACAGUCAAGACGCCACGAUCUAGUUCGGGGCGAGAUCCCAACAGAAGGUGUUUUUACUCUUUCCAGGUGCCCAAGAAUGCCCGGAUUCGUGUGACGUUCCAUGAAGUAGACAUGCAUGAGAAGGACCUGCUCUAUGUUAAGCGGUUCCAUGAGUGGCAGGCACCUCAUCUACUCAAGCCGGACGACUGGCAGAAGCAGCUGAUCAGUGCAGGCGACUACAUGACGUUUGAGUACUGGUCGUGGUGGAAAAGCGCGGCAAACGAGGGUGUUCACUUUACUGCCGAUGUUCUUUUAGAAGAGGAACUGUGCUACGACCCCAAAACGAAAGGAGACGAUUACACAGGUGAUAAGUCCGUUUCAGAAACGUACGAACCAUGUCUGCCGUGGAAAGACGCUGUGAGCUGUGUGGACUUUCCCUUUGAUGGUGCGGAAGGCCUACGACUCCUGAACAGCGAGAACAAAUGUCGUAACCCCAACAGCGAGAUGGCACAGCCUUGGUGUUAUGUAUACGUCAACGGGACUGAGUGCAAGAGGCGAUACUGUGACGUGUGCAAUGAGCGCAACUGCACGGACAAGCAUGAACUGUGUGACUACUGGGCGAGUCAAGGAGAAUGUGAGAGCAACCCCUCGUACAUGCACUGGAUGUGCGAAAAGAGCUGCAUAUCAGCUUGUGCUAAGUGCCAGCCACCACACAUCCCUGCGGACGGGUCAGCAGUGGACAUGCUCAAGUCUGAGUACAAGAUCGGAGAAAGAGUGAGAAUCAAGUGUAACCGUUACCAUAGCAACGGCCCCGUCAUCGUCACCUUGGAGUGUGGACUAGAGGGUUUUCCCGAUGUGCACUCCGCAUGUGCAGAGUGUCCACCAAACUUCCGCACCUAUGGAGAUCGCUGCUACUCCAUGUCUUCGGACACUCUCAACAGACAGGAUGCGGAGGCCAAGUGUCGAGCGGUCCAUGAGUCCGGCACUCUGUUCGAGAUCCGGGAUUCCACAGACCAACAGAUGGUUAUGAAUCUGAAGUCUGAAGAAAACGUAUGGGUGAGCGGAGAGAUACAGACCGACUGCACCUGGAAGUUCACAAACUCAACUACACCUAUCACGUACAGCAACUGGAAUGACGAAUAUCCAGGAACUUGCGGUGAUAUUGACAGAAGCUGUGGCUACUGGUCUGAGAGGGGCGAGUGCUCCAAGAACCCGGUGUUUAUGUUUUAUCACUGUCAGAGGAGUUGUAAAGCUUGCUGCAAUGGUAUGUGCACAGACAGCAGUCCGUACUGUUCAACGUGGGCCAAGAACGGGGAGUGUGACAGGAACCCUUCCUACAUGCACCACAACUGUAGGAAAAGCUGUGGCCUCCCUAACUGCGCCAAGGACCAGUGUCUUUUGGUACAUGGAAGUGAUGCAGAAGAACACAAGGGGCCCAGUGGAAGCUGGGAUACUUGGUUAUGUACGGACCCCGAGUUCAGAGUUCGUUACUUGUGCCAGAUAGACAAACAGCGAGUGGAUUGCCACGAUUCCUCGGGUCACUGUGAGACUGCCUUGUCCGAGUUCCCCAACUUCUGUAACGACGCGCGCUCUUCCCGGGGAGCAGACGUCUACUGCCAUCGCUCGUGUGGCCGCUGUGUUCAUUUUGUGCACUGUACUGCCCCGAGCUCCCCCGUCUACGAGCUGAAGUCAGCAAGCCGAACCGCCCAACCUGGGGACAUCAUGGAAUUUGCCUGUGCCGACCGAUUCCCGUACCACAUUGGCGGAGAUUUGGUUCGUGCCUGCGCCUCUACAGGGAGACUACUCGGAGAGGCCCCUGUUUGUCACAGUUCUCCAGUGGCCAUGGACGUGAUGAAGAACAGAGUGAGAAAGAGGAAGUAUGCUCUGUACGGCAACACAGCUGUUCUCAUGGAUUCACCCGACUACAGAGUUCCUCUCGAUGGUCACAUCACACGGUGGUACUAUUACUGCGAACGCCCAGGCCUCAUCUACUUUUUCGUCACAAGGGGAGACAGAAGAACGAGGACGAGAAGGAUGGUGGGUUAUAAUGCCGUGAACUGCACCGCCAGCUGGACCAUGAGCUACGAUGUACCCGCAGCGGAACAGCUGACUGUACAAAAGGGCGACCUGGUGGGGCUCUUCGUCACAGAGCCGUAUCUCAUCAUGAUCAGCUGGUGUGUGCAUGCACAACACAAGAUCUUGCAGCUGCCCCACACCGUGGCCACUGAUAUCGACAGCCUAAACCGGACCUUGAGCUUUAAGUAUAGCGAUCCCUACUGCAUUGUCCCUUCUAUAGCGUACAGAGUAGAUCCUCUUUAGGACAUCUGCCUUCUCGUGUGCCAUAUUAAUGAUGUUAUUUUACGAAAAUAGGCAUACUUUCACUCUGAAAAUCACAAUGUAUAGCAUACACUUUGAGGCUGGGAAUUAUACAACUGUUUAAAUCAAAACUUUGGCCUUCUGUCACCGUUCCUGGGUGGACAACAUGUAUUUGUUUUGUUAUCUUUUAGCAGAUGCAACACUUUUGGAGUUUACUUCAGUAAAAUACCUUGAAAAAACGA